UAUAUCUUAAAAUUGUAAUGUAAUAACAUUUCAGUAUGAAUGAAUGUUAACAAGUUGGUUAAUUACUAUAUGUUUACAUAGUCUCCGGUUGAAGUACUCACUGUAAUCAGAUUAACCCUCCAGCCCACGGUGCAGUGACAGCAGUGCUCAUUGGCCACCUGUUGCCAUGGAGACUCAAUACAACUCUGUCUGUACAGUUAGCAUGUUGCUAACAGCCUGUAAAGCGAAGCACAGAAUCAGAAAUCCUUGAGUAUUAUAGCCUGGGUUGUCCAUAUGGAGAAUUAACCGACUGCCUGUUAUCCAACUCCUCCUGCAGCUCAAGAGUAGCGUUAAAUCCGGAGGAAGGUAAUGAGUCACUCCUGAGAUAAAGUUCAGCUACGGCUUUGGACCCCACGACUUUGAACAGACUUAGUUUUCAUGCUUGUGUGCAGUCUUUGCUCACUGUCUCCCCUCUCCUGUUGGGUAGCAUGACCUGGCUUACAUUUCCUGGUGAUAACCUGCUUUACCGAUGUCUAAGCAUCACCAUCACUGUGUGGUUGACUCUUCUAAUAGUUUUCACAAUUGUGCCAGCUGUAUUUGGGGUCUCUGUUGGGGUCCGCAGACUCUACAUCAGGACACUUCUCAAAAUCUUUGAGUGGGCUACCUCACGAAUUGAGAUGGGAGCAAAGGAAAAGAAUCAGGAACUCUAUAAACCAUAUAGCAACGGAAUCAUUGCCAAAGAACCACCGUCCUCUUUGCAGCAGGAGAUCCAGGAGCUCCGGGGUCCCACCAGCUGUCUCGGCUCGACAGAGUUCGAGAUGGGCGACAUCUUCUACUUCUGCAAGAGAGGCGUGGAGAGCAUCGUGGAUGACGAGGUCACCAAGUGCUUUUCGGCCCAGGAACUGGAAAGCUGGAAUUUGCUGACUCGGAGCAACUACAACUUCCGUCAUAUAAGUGUGAGACUCACCGUGGUGUGGGGGCUGGGAGUGUUCGUCCGCUACGGCGUCCUGCUGCCUCUCAGGGUUACUCUGGCGGUCACUGGCAUUAGUCUGCUGCUUGUCCUGACUACUUUGGUGGGUUUUUUACCAAGUAGAGAGUUAAGGUUCUUCCUGAGUGAGAAGAUUCAUCUGUUGUGUUAUCGCUUCUGUGUUCGAGCUCUUACAGCAGUCAUCACCUAUCAUAACAGACAGAACAAACCCCAAAAUGGUAGCAUCUGUGUGGCCAAUCACACAACACCCAUUGAUGUCAUCAUCCUGGCCAAUGAUGGCUGCUACUCUAUGGUUGGACAGCUGCACAGGGGGUUGAUGGGAGCGAUCCAGAGAGCGAUGGCCAAGUCCUCGACUCACAUCUGGUUUGAAAGAUCAGAAGUGAAAGACAGACACCUAGUGGCCAAAAGGCUUAGUAAUCACGUUUCUGACAAAACCAAACAGCCCAUCCUGAUCUUCCCUGAGGGUACCUGCAUCAACAACACUUCAGUGAUGAUGUUUAAGAAGGGCAGCUUUGAAAUCGGCUGCACUGUCUAUCCAGUUGCCAUUAAGUAUGAUCCUCUAUUUGGAGAUCCUUUCUGGAACAGCAGUACUUUUGGUUUGGUGAAUUAUCUGCUGAGGAUGAUGAGUAGCUGGGCCAUUGUGUGCAGUGUUUGGUACCUGCCGCCUAUGAACCGAGAGGAAGGGGAGGAUGCAGUUCAGUUUGCCAACAGAGUGAAAGCAGCCAUAGCUGCGCAAGGAGGACUAGUGGAUCUCAUUUGGGAUGGAGGACUGAAACGAGCUAAAGUGAAAGAGGCUUUCAAAGAAGAGCAGCAAAGACUUUACAGUCAAGUUCUCGUGGGAGAGCAGGAACACGGGGACCAAAGUGACAACAAACAUUUAGAGGAGGAAAAAAGCAAACAAGAUACAACAAAUGGAAAAUGACAGCAGAGGAAAUGUGUGACUUUGAGAGCAGUACUUCUUUUUUUCCACGAUAUUUAUUUCUGAUUUCUGUUUUUGAAAGAAUUGUAUUUAUUGAAAUUGUUUAUGUGAUGUGAAAUUAGAGGAAUGGUUAAACUUACAGUACAGCAUGUUUUACAGUGAGGGAUGUAGACACCUUAAUGUUCUUUUGUCUUUUUAAAUUAUUCAACAUUAAGUGAUCUCAAAAUAAAUUUCUGCCUUAUUUAUAUUGCAGUAUUGAACUUGAAAUUGUAUUGCAGAUGACCCUCUUUGUAUCCAAUUUUUUUUGCAAAGAAGAGAAUCUUUAAACAAGUGAAUGUAGGGGCGACGGUGGCCUAGCGGUUAGUUUUGCGCACACCAUGUGCAGAGGCUGUAGUCCUCAUAGCUGGCGUCCCGGGUUCAAAUCUGGCCUAUGGCUCUUUUCCCGAAUGUCAUUCCCCACUCGUUCUCCUGAUUUAUGAUUCUAACACUGUCCUGUUUCUACAAUUAAGGCAUAAAAAAAACCCAAAUAAGCCUUUAAAAAAAAAAACAAGUGAAUGUAGCCAUUAAGAAAACAAUAACUCAAGUUGUAGUCCAACAGACGUUACACCAGUCAGACAGACACACUAGAAGUCAGUGCCAUCAGUUGUGCGUCACUUUGCUAAUUGGCUCAAGGCUCUAUAUGGGUCUUAACCUGUAAUCUUUACAGGGUCAGUGCACAAUGUAUGCCACAGACAAAAGGAGGCUUUAUUUUUCGCUCUCUUUUUAAAACGGAUGCUUGUCUACAAAGGAUUUGAAUAUUUGACAUGAAAAGAAUUGGGAAAGAAAUGGUUGUUAAACAGCAGGAGUCAGUGUUCAAACAAAGAAGAAUCCAUAUUGUAGCAUCAA